CCUGGGCGUGAUUGACAGCCUCCCCAGCCCACCGCGCAGUCGGGGGCGCGAGGGUUGAGCCCUAUCAGCUGCUCGGGGAGGCUGGAGUGACGAGCGAGCGAGAGAGCGAGCGCCCGGGGCUUUGGGCGUGGGUCCCUUCUUCUUCUCCUUCUCCUGCUUCCUCCUCGCCCUCGUCGCGCCCCGGCCUUGUCGCCCACUCGCGGCCGCCCUGGGGCUCGAGGCCAAUGCGGGGAGGGCGACGCCAAGGGGGGGCUCCGCCGCCGACGCCUCCGUGGGAAGCCCGUCCCUGCCCGGCGGGACCCACGGAGAACUGAAGGAGGAGGAGGAGGCUUGCCCAACGGAGGCUUCCCCUUUCCCUGCCCCACGCGCAAACUUUGCUCCCUUCCGAGCCCCACUGAGAGAGAGCCCUCCCGGAAAGUGGGGGGGAAAGAGCCUCGUGGGAAAGACGGCGGCGGGGAGGAGGUCCCAGUGUUGUGAGGGGUCCCUGAGGUGGGACUGGCCAGAAGAUGACAGAGUACAAGCUGGUGGUGGUUGGUGCUGGAGGUGUGGGGAAAAGUGCUUUGACCAUUCAGCUAAUCCAGAACCAUUUUGUUGAUGAAUAUGAUCCCACGAUAGAGGACUCCUACAGAAAGCAAGUAGUCAUCGAUGGAGAAACCUGUUUGCUAGACAUCCUUGACACAGCAGGCCAAGAAGAGUACAGUGCCAUGCGAGACCAGUACAUGCGGACUGGAGAAGGGUUUCUUUGUGUCUUUGCCAUUAACAACACCAAGUCCUUUGAAGACAUUCAUCAGUACAGGGAGCAGAUUAAGAGGGUGAAAGAUUCUGAUGAUGUCCCCAUGGUGUUGGUGGGAAAUAAAUGUGACCUUCCAGCCCGGACUGUGGAAACGCGGCAAGCCCAGGAACUGGCUCGGAGCUAUGGGAUUCCCUACAUUGAGACAUCGGCCAAAACCAGACAGGGAGUUGAAGAUGCCUUCUAUACUUUAGUGCGGGAGAUUCGGCAGCACAAACUACGCAAAUUGAAUCCUCCAGAUGAAAGUGGCCCAGGCUGUAUGAAUUGUAAAUGUGUAAUAUCAUGACCAAGGGUCCAGGCAUUGAGGGCAUUCAGCUGACCAGACUCUGACUUGGAGGAGUUUCCACUAUGCUUUGUGCAGAGAUGGAGGUGAUAUGAAAGAAGGAUCAAAUGGAUUCCAAGGAAGAAGACAAACAAGAUGGUGUCUGUCUGCAGACCCCAGGAGCUCUGCAUGGACUUUUUCUAAACUUCACCAAGACCUGCAAUGAACUGUUUUUUUAUUAUUAUUAUUUUUAAACAACCCCCUCCACUUUCUGCAUCCUUCCCCUUCUGGAAACGAAUACAAAGCCACAGAUAGAAUUUCAGUAAAUUAUUAUACAAUGGUCUUGACACUGGCUUUUUAAUCUCUCUCCCUAUUCCUGAGGACUGAGCGAUCUUCCCUGUUCUCCUUGAGCAGGGAUUGGCAGAGAAGGAGGAAAGCUUGCACAAAGCAGGCCUCUUUUUUCAAGCAUGAUGGGAGGGAGCAAACACUGGUUACACAUCAUUUAAAGGAGCAUUUUAGAAAGGAAGAAAAUACGCCAUUUCUAGCUUGAAUGGUUCCAUGUUCGUAUCUCAGAAAGAAAGUUCUUGUUUGCAAAUCAGAUUUUUAAGCAGUGGUUGGAUGGCCAUCUGUCAGAGGUGCUUGGAUAUUCCUGCAUGGAAGGGGUUGGACUGGAUGGACCUUGUGGUCUCCUCCAAGUCUAUGAUUCUAGGCCUCUUUGGAAAACAUCUCUACUUUCAACUGUCUUGCCAUUCUAUAAUGGCUAGAAAACUUAUCAGUUCCCAAAUAGUUGAGAUUAUAUCCUUUGGGUGGGAUAGAGACACCACCCAACCUUGUAAACCAGGUUCUAUAUUAAUAGAAAAUUUGCUGUAUCUAGAUUUUUUGUCCAAUCAUCCUAUUAGUCUUCCCCGAAACAGAUAGAAAAUAGGACCAGUGUCUUUAAUUAUUCCACACUACUCUCUCCCCUGUGCUAAAAUAGCCCUAUAGGUUUUCCUUGCAGAGUUUGGUCUCACAAAAGUUCCCUGCAGGCCUGAAUUGUUUCCUCUGGAAUCUAGGCAAGUGGGAAGGAGAGAAUGGCAUUUCAUUAAUCUAUGUCACUUCUGGGUUCUUUUUCCCCUCUUGAGGUUUGCUGGGAGGAUGUCUGUGUGUAAAUGUAUAGAUGGCUAUACAGCAACUUCUUGAUGGGGACUGACGGAACUUUAAUUCUGUAACUCUCAAUCUAUUUUUCACUGAGCCCAUUCUUUUGCUAAUUGAUGGGGUUGUGGGGGACCCUCAUGUUUUCUUUUGGGGGGGGGGGCACUGGGUGCUAUGCUAUCUCUUUUUUCCUCUCCAAACCAUUGUGUCUUAUGCUGUGUUGGGAAGGGAGGGGCAUUUAGUGGGCAAGAAAGGGUCACGUGUUGGCUUUCCUAUUUGUUGUAAGCUUGGCCUCUUUUCUGAGCAGUUUUUCAUGCUUGUUGCCUGUGCUGGGGCUAACUUCAUUGACGUGCUUGUUGCAAACUCUGUCUACUUUCUGGGAGGUGGAGCUAAACUCUGGAGGCAUCAGGGCCUGUUUCCUUGCUUUUACUCCAAACCCUCCUCCUCUUUCCUUUUGCAGCCGCUGUGCCUACGCUUCCUGCAUGCACAGCUUAGAUCCCUGCUCUUCAGGUGGCAGCUCUUCUGUAUUAACUGUGACUGUACCAAUUAUACUUGCUGUAAUUAGUUUUCUCUCUCCAGUAAGAUAGCAAAGCUGGGUGCUCUCGGCACUGGCUGAAUUGAGAAAAAUCAAUCCCUUCCAAUGAUUAGGUAAACAGGUAUUUUUUUAAGUUUUGGGGGGUGUAAAAGAGAACCCCAGCCUAGCCUUAAAUGUCAUUAAAAGUGUUUUGUUCUCAAAAGUGUGUUUAUUUUUAAGUUCCCUGCUUGUGUUGCUUCUCUGCUUUGAUGCCUUUUUAUCCAAAGUUCUCUUGAAAUAACCCAGGUACUGCUAACAAAAAGUGAUGGCAUAUUUAACUGGUUUAAGGACCUCAUCACACUAGAGCUUGGAUCCACUUUAAAUCCGCUUUAGGAAGAGGGCUUUAAACAGCUCAGCUAGACAGCUCCUGGGUCUCACUGAACUACAAACCCCAGAAUUCUGCAGGAGGCAGAAACCGGAUUUAAAGUGGAUUCAUGCUCUAGUGUAAUGAGGCAGUGAGUGGUUUGGCCACAUGUGCGUGGGAAAUGCCAUAAAGCAGCAUUCCUGUGGCUCCUCAGAAUAUGCUGUAAUAUGGUGCAUGUCCUUGGGAAAUGGUUAUUAUAUGUAAAAUUGUUGAGUUGGUUGCCUGUCAACAGCCCAAUGCCGAUAGUGGGCUUGGCUAAAUUCUCAUUCUCUCUCUCUCUCCCUCUCUGCCACUCUGUUCUUUUUCCUCAGUAGGCUGACAGAAGGAUAGAGUGCUCUUGGAACUAGUAAUUUAUAGAGAACCUGUGGUCUGUAGGUGAUCAAUAUUUAUGCUAUAAAGGUUUCUUGGACUAUGCAAGCACAGGGAUUGUAGCAACCACUUCAGAGACUGUGAAACCAGGUGAAGCCAAUAAAUGGGGAACACACUCUUGCUAUGCAGAAGCAAUGUCCUGUCUUCAAAUAAAGAAUUUCAAUGUUGA